CAAUUUGCAUUAGUUUCUUAUUUAAUUAUAGAAAAAAAAAAAAAAAAAAGAGAGGAAAUUUCGAGAUAAAAUAAAUAGGAAUAUUUUCAUCAUGAACAAAGUUUGGUUGAGUGUCGUUUGUUUUGCAAUUGCUUGACGUCAACCCCUCUUCUUUCUCAACUCUAAAAUUCUAAUCACAACCAAAUAAUCACUUCCCCUUUCCCAAUUUACAGCUAUGGCAACCAGUGGAAACAAGAAUAUGAACGCUAAAUUGGUGCUCCUUGGAGAUGUUGGAGCCGGAAAAUCUAGUCUAGUUCUUCGUUUUGUUAAAGGACAAUUUAUUGAAUUUCAGGAAUCAACAAUAGGUGCUGCAUUUUUCUCCCAAACAGUAGCAGUAAAUGAUGCAACUGUAAAAUUUGAAAUAUGGGAUACAGCAGGCCAAGAGAGAUACCACAGUCUAGCUCCGAUGUAUUACAGAGGAGCUGCAGCUGCUAUAAUUGUUUAUGAUAUAACAAAUCAAGCAUCAUUUGAUAGAGCAAAAAAGUGGGUUCAGGAGCUUCAAGCACAAGGUAAUCCAAAUAUGGUGAUGGCACUUGCUGGUAAUAAGGCAGAUUUGUUAGAUGCAAGAAAAGUGGCUGCUGAGGAAGCAGAAACAUAUGCGCAGGAGAAUGGUCUUUUCUUCAUGGAAACAUCUGCAAAAACUGCAUCUAAUGUUAAUGACGUUUUCUCUGAAAUAGCUAAGAGACUGCCUCGGCUUCAGCCAGCACAAAAUCCAUCAGGGAUGGUUCUUAUGGAUAGGCCUGCCCAAACACCGGCUACUGCUUCUUGUUGCUCUUAAAUGUCUUUACUGGUGCUUCUCGUCUAAAUGCUGUUUUUCUUUAAUGUGUUUGCGCUGAUUGUUCGAGUUUGUUGUGCCAUUUGGCCAUCAUUGUACAGAUAUUUCAUGAAAAAUUCUUCAAUGUGAUUUACUCUUUUUUAUCUGUCCUCAUGUAAUGAGAUUAUAUGACACGCUAUUAAACAAUAUAUGCUAUCACUAUUUAGUAUU